CAUACAAAAAAUGACAAAAAACGGACCGUUGUGUUAUUUUAUGGCACGUGUAUUUUUGAUGAAACAAAAUUUUUUUCCAUUAUUUAUUUUGUGACAUUUUAUUAUUCAAAUUAUGAAUAACAAUCAAAAUGGCUGGACAUUCGUUUUUAAAUGUUAAAAAAGAUAGCCAAACAAUGGCCAAAAAUGAUACGACAAUUUUUGGCAACAACAACAACAGUAGUAGUUCGACAGUUAGCCUAAUGAAAAUUGUCAUAUUGGUCAUAUCAGCUUUGUUGGCAUUUUUCGUAAGAUUAUUUUCUGUGUUACGUUUCGAAAGUGUUAUACAUGAAUUUGAUCCAUAUUUCAACUAUCGUACAACAAGAUAUUUGGCUGAAAAUGGUUUUUAUAAUUUCCAUAAUUGGUUUGAUGAUCGAGCCUGGUAUCCAUUGGGUCGUAUUAUCGGUGGUACCAUUUAUCCAGGAUUGAUGGUCACAUCGGCUGUACUAUUUAAUUUACUUAAAAUGUUAAGCUUUCCUGUCGAUAUAAAAGAUGUUUGUGUAUUUUUAGCACCAUUAUUUUCAUCACUUACUACAAUCAUAACAUAUGCAUUGACAAAAGAAUUAUCAGAUGAAGCAUCCGGAUUAGUUGCUGCUGCAAUGAUAUCGAUUGUACCUGGUUAUAUCUCCCGUUCAGUUGCCGGAUCAUAUGAUAACGAAGGAAUAGCCAUAUUCUGUAUGCUAUUCACUUAUUAUAUGUGGAUUAAAGCAGUGAAAACUGGAUCAAUAUUCUGGUCUUGUCUUUGUUCAUUAGCUUAUUUCUACAUGGUAUCAUCAUGGGGUGGUUAUGUUUUCCUUAUCAAUCUUAUACCGUUACAUGUUUUUACAUUGAUUAUUACCGGUCGGUUUACCAAACGGGUAUAUGUUGCCUAUUCGACGAUGUAUUGCAUAGGAACAUUGUUAUCUAUGCAGAUACCGUUUGUUGGUUUUCAACCAGUUCAAUCCAGUGAACAUAUGGCAGCAUUUGGUGUUUUUGGUCUUUGUCAACUUUAUGCUUUCAAUUCAUUUAUUCGUUCAAAACUUUCACAAGAAUAUUAUAGUAUUCUAUUUAGAUCAUUAGUUUUAUUUAUCGGUAUUAUUUCAUUGUCCGCCAUCAUUAUAUUGACAAUUAUUGGCAAAAUAUCACCAUGGACUGGCCGUUUCUAUUCAUUAUUGGAUCCAUCAUAUGCCAAAAAUAAUAUACCCAUCAUUGCAUCAGUGUCCGAACAUCAACCAACAUCAUGGUCAUCAUUCUAUUUUGAUCUACAGAUUCUUGUCUUUCUAUUUCCAGUUGGAUUAUAUUUUUGUUUUAAAAAUCUUACCGAUUAUAAUAUAUUCAUCAUACUAUAUGGUGUGACUAGUAUUUAUUUUGCUGGUGUUAUGGUACGAUUAAUGUUGGUAUUGGCACCGGUCAUGUGUAUACUUUCUGGUAUUGGCAUAUCAAGAUUGCUUACAAUUUAUUGUGGCCAUUUGGAUUCAACAACAGGUCAAUCAUCAUCAUCGACAACACAUCAUCAAUCUGAACGUAAACAGAAACGAAUUGAAAAUACUUUUGUAAUGAAAAAAGAAGUGGCCACUGUUUUUGUAUUCAUAGCCACUGGUAUGCUUUUAUCAUAUGGUUAUCAUUGUAUUUGGGUAACAUCCGAAGCAUAUAGUUCACCAUCGAUUGUAUUAUCCGCACGUACACAUGAUGGUAGUCGAAUUAUAUUCGAUGAUUUUCGUGAAGCAUAUUAUUGGCUACGAAUGAACACACCGGAAGAUGCAAAAAUUAUGUCCUGGUGGGAUUAUGGCUAUCAAAUAACGGCAAUGGCUAAUCGUACUAUACUUGUGGAUAAUAAUACUUGGAAUAAUACACAUAUAUCACGUGUUGGCCAAGCAAUGGCAUCGGAUGAACAACAUGCAUAUAAAAUAAUGCAAGAAUUAGAUGUUGAUUAUGUAUUGAUCAUAUUUGGUGGCCUAACUGGAUAUUCAUCAGAUGAUAUUAAUAAAUUCUUAUGGAUGGUACGUAUUGGUGGUUCCACUGAUCGUGGUCGCCAUAUAAAAGAACAAGAUUAUUAUACAACCAGUGGUGAAUUUCGUGUGGAUAAAGAAGGUUCAAAAACAUUAUUGAAUUGUUUGAUGUAUAAAAUGUCUUAUUAUCGUUUUGGAUCAGUAUAUACGGAAGGUGGUAAACCGCCUGGCUAUGAUCGUGUUCGUGGUACAGAAAUCGGUAAUAAAGAUUUUGAAUUGACCACAUUGGAAGAAGCUUAUACUACUGAACAUUGGUUGGUACGAAUUUAUAAGGUGAAAAAAAUGCCCAAUCGUGGUUGAUGAUUUUUUUUUAUUUUGAUAUAAAAAUUUUGAUUUUUUUUUCGUCUCGGAUAAUAAUUAAAAAAUGUAAAUUGUAAAUAGUAGUGAGGUACGCACUAAUCUUUGAUUAAUAAAAUAAAAUUUUUUUUUAAUUUUUUCAA